AUGUCUGGCCCGGGAGCUCCAGCUCCAGCCUCAGGCCAGGCUCAUCCUCUUCCCCAUUCACAACACCAGCACCAGCACCAGCACCAGCAGCAACACCAGCAGCAACACCAGCAGCAACAUCCACAGCAACAUCCACAACAACAUCCACAGCACCAGCACCAACACCAGCACCAACAUCAGCAGCAACAUCCACAGCAUCAGCAUCAGCAUCAGCAUCAGCAUCAGCACCCACCGCCCCAUUCACAUACCCUCUCCCAAAUCCAGAUUCAGCCACAGCUACAGCCUCCGUCUCAAGCACAGGCGCCAAUAACUCUUCCCCCAGAUCGUCGUCCCAUCACUCCUCCACCUUGUGUCCGUCUCAUUGUUAGAGAUGCCACCACAAAACAAGAAGUAGAAGCAGAUGAAAUCGAUACAACGUUUUUUGUUCUCACCGUUGAUCUUUGGAAUGCAGAAGGUGAUCGCGAGGUCAACCUAGUUAGACAUUCGGCCACCUCACCUUCUAUUUCAACCGCAACAUCAUCUUCUUUCCCACCACCGACCCAGAACAUGGCCCCGACGGGCCAAACCUAUUCCUCCUAUCAGCCGCAAGGCAUGUAUAACCAGCCACCGACCACUUACCCUUACUACCCCCAGCAGAAUUAUGCAACCCAGACAGGGAUGCCAUAUCCUGCUCCUCAGUCUGGGCCUGCCCAGAGCUACUACCCUCAUGUCAACCAAGCAUACUACGCAUCCCAAUCGCAGCAGCCUGUUGUCCACCAUCUGCCUCCCGCACCUGUCGGUAUGUUUACCCGCAACUUAAUUGGGAGUCUGAGUGCGAGUGCCUUCAAACUCUCCGAUCCGGCUGGGAAACUUGGUAUCUGGUUUAUUCUGCAGGACCUGAGUGUUCGUACCGAAGGAAUACUGAAAAUGAACUUUGUCAACGUCGGAACUCCGCAGCAAGCUCUCAGCCGCUCCGGAAACACUGCAAGCAAUACCCCGAUCCUUAACCAUGGCUCGGCUCCUGUUCUCGCUUCCGUUUACUCAGAUGUUCUUCAAGUCUUUUCAGCAAAGAAGUUUCCUGGCGUCAUUGAGAGCACGCCUUUGAGCAAGUGUUUUGCUAUUCAGGGUAUAAAGAUUCCUAUCCGUAAAGAUGGUGUUAAAGGUGGCAGGGGAGGUGGUGCCGCCAUGAUGAUAAAGAACGAUGAUGGCGAUGGCGAUGAACAAUAUGAUGAGUAG